AUGAAUGAAAUAGAAUAACAUGCACAUCCUGAGAUUAUAAAAGUUUUAGUAGGGAACAAAUGCGAUUUAACAAGAGAAGUUUAAAUAGAAGAGGGUGAGUCUUUUAUGAAUAAUAAUAAAUUUAGUUUAUUUUUUGAAACAUCUGCAAAAACUGGGGAAAAUGUAGAGGAAGCAUUUGUAUAAUCAGCUAAGUUAGUACUACUAAAGUAUUUUAGUAGUGAAUCAUUUAGAUAAGCUACAAGAGUAAAUAAAAAGUCAGGUGAUCCAAUUAAUAUAAUUAAAUCAUUUUCUGAAACUUAAUCAUUUGAAGGACACUCUCCAAAUAUAGAUAAAAAUUAAAACUAAUCAAGUUGUUGUUGA